UGUUUGAAAAAAGAACGCUCUUCGAUUCGUGAUGAUUUGAUUUCGUGUUGAAUUUUUGUAGGAAAUAUAUCUGUCUCUUGUACAAUUAAUAAAUAUUUGUUUUACUCAAUUGUUUUUAUAAUUUUUGGUUAAGGUCGAAAUUUCUUAAAACAUGUUUGCCAUGUCAAUAUAAAGACAUUUUUUAAUUAUUCCUCACAUCUUUAAAUUGAUUCGUAUCAUUUAUAUGCACUAUCUAAGAAAAAAGAAUGAAACGUUUAGGUGAUAGAUGUUCUUGCAAAGAUAAAAUAUUAUCGCCGGUAACAAAAUAUGCAGAGUUGGAUCCUGCCCUUUGUUCCGAGUUGCGAAAAAUCGUGGACACCAUACUUGCGCCUGGAAAGGGGUUGCUGGCUUGCGACGAGUCCAGUCCGAGUUUGGACAAACGGUUCGAGGAGUUGGAAAUCGAAAAUACCGAAGAUAAACGACGCGAUUAUAGACAGAUGUUGCUCACCGCUGAUCAGUCCCAACUGUCGAAAUACAUAAGCGGUGUUAUUCUGCAUCACGAGACAGUUUAUCAAAAAACUACGGCCGGCGUCGACUUCGUCCAAUUGCUUCAAGAAAGGAAUGUCUUACCCGGCAUCAAGGUCGACGGAGGUUUGGUCGAUCUCUUCGGCGCGAAGAACGAAAAGACCACGGAGGGCCUGGACAAUUUGCAAGAGAGAUGCAUACAGUACAAGCGGUGCGGCUGUCACUUCACAAAAUGGAGAUGCACGUACAGGAUUUCAGAGACCACGCCAAGCCAGUUGGCCAUGGCUACGAACGCGAACGUCCUGGCAAGAUAUGCCAGUAUAUGUCAGAGUGCGCGAAUGGUACCCAUCAUAGAACCAGAAAUUCUAAAUAACGGCGACCACGGAAUAAAUAGAACGUUGGAAGUUCACGAAGAAGUCUUGUCUAUUUUAUUUCGUGCCCUGAACGAGCACCGCGUGUACCUUGAGGGUGUAAUUCUAAAACCAGCAAUGGUCUUGUCAGGAAUCAAGAAUUCUCUUAAUUGCACGCCGCAGAUUAUUGCAGAAUACACGUUAACAGCUAUGCAGAGGACAGUGCCACCGGCAGUGCCGGGGAUACUAUUUCUGAGUGGUGGACAAUCAGACACAGAAUCUGUCGUAAAUCUAAAUGCUAUUUGUGCUUACGAUGGAAAGAAGCCUUGGAAAAUCAGCUUUUGUUAUGGACGGGCCCUACAAAAUGCACCAAUGAAACUCUGGCACGGGCUCCCAGACAACGUGCAAGAUGCUCAGGCAUUGUUGCUCGAAAGAGCAAGACUUUGUUCCGAAGCGACUUUGGGUAAAAUACAAUUAAACGGCGUGUGUACGAAAAAGGCAACGAACGCCCAAAGGACAAGUCUCAACACCGUUGCUCAGACCUAACCUCUAAUUGCGUCAUGGAAAUUCUACUUGAAAUUAUCUAUUAAUUGAUUCGAACAUCGAGAGCAGAAAAUCGCAGCUGUUAACGAGACGAUACAAGAUAUAACAUUGACGAUCCUACCUUAUCAAUGAGUUCGUCAUACGAAGAUAAAGGUUCAAGCGAAAAGAAGGUAUGCAUGAUUCGUCACAUGCGCGCGAGUACGUCAACCUUAACAGUGAAAUGUUCCGUCAAUAAUUUCGGGGAAUGUCGCGCAAGGUGCCCUUGACUGACCUCUAAAACAGAAGUUCUCAAUAACAGAGAUCCGUGCAGUACGUGCAAGCCACGACGUAUACUCAGAAUUUUAUUCCGCUACUGGUCGAUAUGACGUCAUUUCCGAGGAUCCCCACCAACCACCAGCUCCUAUUCUUCUCAAUUUUAUAGGUCCAGCCAUCAGCACGUGUACACGCCAGUGUCGUAACAAUCGAGUAACUAAAUUCGUCUUAAUCACAUUUUUAAUCCGACAUUCCAAUGAUCAUUCAAUGGAGCCA